CUCCCCCUCUCCCUUCUCCUCCCCCUACUAUCAGCUACCUCCACCAUCUUACACACACACACACACGGACAGAUACCCGGACAGACUCAUCCAUAGCAUACAUUCAGCAUGAGACUCGACGCCAAAGGAGUCCGCUACCUCUCGAAGGAUGAGGCGCGCGUGCUGACCGCCGUUGAGAUGGGAUCCCGCAACCACGAGGUCGUCCCAAGCAACCUGGUGGUUAGCAUUGCGUCCUCGCAGCCCAGCAAGACGCUGCGCAUUUUGAUCGAGCUGAUGCGCAAGAACAUGGUCGCCAAGGAGCCCCAUGUCCACUAUGAGGGCUACCGCCUGACCGCUGGUGGCUACGAUUACCUUGGCCUGCGCACCUUCGCCUCGCGCAACAUCGCCGUCUCGGUUGGCAACCAGAUCGGUGUCGGCAAGGAGUCCGACAUCCACAUUGUGGCCGACGAGCACGGCACCCAGAUGGCCUUGAAGAUCCAUCGCCUCGGUCGCACGUCCUUCCGCAGUGUGCGCAACAACCGCGACUAUCUGCGCCACCGGAAGUCCGCCUCCUGGCUCUACCUGUCGCGCUUGGCCGCGGCCAAGGAGUUCGCCUUCAUGCGCAUCCUCUAUGAGAAUGGCUUCCCCGUGCCGAAGCCGAUCGACGUCAACCGGCACAUGGUCAUCAUGGAGCUGAUCGAUGCGUAUCCCCUCUGCCAGGUCAGCGAGGUGGCCAACCCGGGGAAGUUGUACUCCACCCUGAUGACCCUCAUCGUGCAGCUGGCCCUGGUGGGACUGAUCCACUGUGACUUCAACGAGUUCAACCUCCUGCUGACGGACGAUGACAAGCCCAUCAUCAUCGAUUUCCCGCAGAUGAUUUCCACCUCCCACCCGAAUGCCGAGAUGUACUUCGACCGCGAUGUCGAGUGUAUCCGGGUAUUCUUCCGCCGGCGCUUUGCCUUCGAGGGUGAGGACUGGCCGCGCUUCGAGCGGGACGUCCUCCGGCCCAUGCGCCGCGCGGAGAAGCGCUACGAACGCUACCUGGCUCGGCAGCAGGCCGGCGCCGGGGCCGGCCUCAGCGACCCCUUCGCCGAGAUCGAUGCCGCGGUGGCCGGCGAUGGUGAAGUCGAAAUCACCGAGGCCGAGGCCGUCACGCAGUAUCUGAGCACUGUCAUGCGCGAUGGGGCCUUCGACUUCGGGGUCGGGUCCUCGCUCGGGUCUUCGCUCGGCGGCGGGGACAGCCACGCCGGCGAAGCCAUCACCAGCGACAAUGACACGGAUCACUCGGACACCGAGGACGAGGACGAGGACAGCGACGAGUACGACGAGGAUGAGGAGGACAGCGAUGACGAGCCCAUCGGCGUGGUGCGCAUGCGCGCCCCGGUCCGUCUUGAUGUGGCCGUCGAGGCUUCCGGCUUCAUCAAGUCCAAGCAGCUGUCGGAGUUUGAUGAUCUGUACAACCAGCUCAUGGGCGAUCAGUCGGGGCAGCAGGCAGACGACAAUGACGACUAUGCCUAUGCCUAUGCCGAGGGCAGCCCCUCCGACGAGGGCAGCCCCUCCGACGAGGAAGCUGACUCCGCCAGCGAGGCCGAGGAGGAUGCCGGCAGCAGUGCCCAGAGCGCCAGCGACACCGAGGGCACCAGCGAUGUGGAGCAGGCCAUUGCCCAGGUGGCCAUUUCCGAGGAGGCUGAGCCGGCCGCCAUCCCCCAGCAGGCUGCUCCGGCUCAGCCCUUCAGCAUGGAUCAUGCGCCGUCGAACCGCGGCCUGAAGCCCUUCCGCUCGAACGAUGUGCAGAUCACGGCGUCCGCCCUGUCGACCAACCCCGAAGACCGCAUCAUGUCCCAGCAGCGGAACCCCAAGAUCAAGACCUCCCUCUCGCCGGAGGAGAUCCGCCGCCGACUGAAGGGGAAUGCUCGUGCGCCGGCCGCCCACAACAACACUGGCAAGUCGCGCAACAACCGCAACAAGAUCGGCGGCAUGGGAACAGGCAACGCCGGCCGUCGUGCCCGCGAGGCCGCUCAGGAGGUCCGGAGUGUGGCCACCGAGGGCUGGUGAGGCGUUAGCCUGGCCCCGCCCACCCCCGCUGCCACCAUGCGGCAGGAGGUGAAGGGGAAAAGGAGGCGAGCAAGUGCUGCGGGAUUCAUUUUCCCUCUUGCCCUGUCCCCCUCCUACCCGCCUCCCUCUCCCUGGGACCCCCCCACAUAUGAGCAUGCUCCCAUGCCCAGGGAUGUUAGAAAUAGAUGUAUAGCCACGCCAGGAGAGUCGCCGGGGCUGGGCGCGUGGGGCGUGGAAAAUCAGCGGUUUAAUGUAC